GGUAAUAAGAAUCCACAAUAUCCCUUCGUAAACUGAGGGUAUUUCUCAACUCUAAACUAUCUGCUUGUGAAGAAAAGCGUUAUAUAGUAUGGAAGUCAAAGGUGUUGUUCUCGUGACAGGUGCCGGUGGCGGUAUUGGCCGGGCGGUCGCUCAGCGAAUGGCUUCUUUAGGUGCCGAUGUGUUGGUGUGCGCAGACCUUAGCCUCGACGCUGUCGAAGAGACAGCGACUCUAUGCCGAAAUAUCCACCCCCCGAGGGAUCCAGGGUGCUUCAAAGUAGCCGCACACCAGUUAGAUGUGCGCGAUGAGGCGAGCGUGGAUGGUCUUAUAACUCAAGUUGCCAAGACUCAUGGCCGCAUCGACGUGCUUGUCAACACCGCUGGGUUCGGGGCCGCAAAUCAGACACCCAUCCGCGACAUGUCCCUCGCUGACUGGCGUAGCCUCGAUGAGGUGCACAAUAUUGGCUGCUUUUUAUUGACCCGUGCUGCAUUGCGUAUCAUGGACGGACAGGAUGCUGUGGCGUCAGUCCCGACCGCCAACGAUCGACCUACCAGGGGAGCGAUCGUCAUUCUCACGUCGCUAGCCUCGGAGGGUGCAUUCUUGGGGGUAGGUAAUUACAUCGCAGCGAAACAUGCAGUCAAGGGGAUGGUGCAGACAGCGGCCAUCGAGAACGCUGCAAGGGGCAUUCGGGUCAACGCCGUCGCGCCAUCAUAUGUUUCAGGGCCGAUGAUGGACCAGUUCCUCGAGUCAUCCCCGGAGGUCAAGAAAGCCCUGCUUGGUGAUCUUCCCAUGGGAAGGCUGGUCAAACCCAGCGAGAUUGCAGAUGCAGUGGCCUUCCUUGCCUCUCCGGCCUCGAGCUACGUGAAUGGACAUACGUUGGUGGUUGACGGCGGUGCGUCACUGGCACUGUCGAAUACACCAUUUGAAGGAAGAUCUUAAAGUUGUCUAGGUACUGAAUAGUUCGGUCAAUGAAUUUCUAUCUUGAUACAUAUAUUCACGCAGUCAGCGUCGAAACUACCUAGGUACGCUACCAUUUUGAGCGUGCAAACAUACCCUUAAAACUGGCUCUUAUGAGUGCCUUCGACAUAUGUCUCUUGUUGGGUGGACAAGUGUGACGGAUAAUCCUCCAUGCGAACGAACUGCCGUUGGUAGUGUCCACUAGUGAAUGAGGACGACGGCUUCGAUUCUCCUCGGCUAUCG